CGCCGCGCCCUGCCCCAGCCCCAGCGCCCAGCCCACAGCUGGGGACGGAGUUUCCUGGUCGGCAGCAGCGCGCAGCCACGCCUGGCCCGGGGCUGAAGUUCCCAGGGGAAGUUUCCUGGGGAGAAAGGGCCGGGGCAGCCUCGGGCCCGGGCACGGAGCCCCGCUCGGUCCGGCGGCGGAGAAGGCAGCAGCGCUGAGCACCCCCGUGCACAGCCCCAUCCUCAGGCACCGUUUGGGCCCGCACCACCCCUGCCCAUGGAGUGACGGAGCCGGGCCUGCACAGACGCUGCCUCGGGGUUGCAGCCCCAGACCCACCGCUUUGCUGACACCGCCGGGACCAGGUCAACCCUGAGGGGGAAGCUGGACGGGACAGUGAACAUGAGUGACUUCUGGCACAAGCUGGGCUGCUGCGUCGUAGAUAAACCACAGCCGAAGAAGAAGCGGAGGCGGAUCGACCGCUCCAUGAUUGGGGAGCCCAUGAACUUCAUGCACUUGACGCACAUCGGCUCGGGGGACAUGGCUGCCCAUGAGGGUCUUCCCAUGACAGGUGCGGUGCAGGAGAUGCGAUCCAAAGGCUGUCGGGAGCGACAGUGGAGCAACUCCCGUGUCUUGUAGCUCUGCCCACCAGUACCCUGCGCAACCAGUCCUCGCCUGAUGGGAGGGGACCCCAACCCGGCGCUUUGAUUUGCUUUAAUUUAUGCAAACGGAUUCUGCUCCCUGCAUCCCCUGGCCCGUUCCUGCAGCACCUGGUCUGUGAAAGUGCUGUGGGGCGGGGCGGGGGGGUUGUGUCUUCAAUACAGAAACUCCUUUUCCAGUGACUCCCAUCCUCCACCCCCCAUGGGGAUCCCACCCGUUUGUUUUCUGCCCAGUUUUCAUUCCCACUUCCUUGCUCUGCCCCUGGCUCUGGGGCCCAGAACAGCCCCAGGCUGAGCAGCAUGUUGCCACGCUGUGGCGCGUGAGGCUCACCCAGGCAGUGCAAUGUGGGCUCAGGAAGGGAAAGGAGGUGGUAAUACGUACCUGGAUUGGGCAUGUGCUCUCCUGAAUCAGGGCCUUGGCCCACCUGGAGAACCUGCCUCUCCGGGGGGGUGGAGCCCAGGCACUCUGACCCCCUGAGACCCGGCCCCGUGGGCCUCCUGUUUUGGGUACCCAGGCAGGCUGGCCCCCGUACCUCAGUUUCCCCAUCCCAUCAGCCCGCAGCUGCCUCGCAAGGGCGCUGUGCAGAUAGGCGCUGUGGGGGCCGAGGGUUUCCAGGGGUCCUGCUGCCUGAGGCUGGGCUGUGGGGGCUGGCUAUGGAGUCAGGGCAGCACCUGGCCUUGCCAGGAGGUCCACAUCCCAUGAGUCCCCUUUGAUCCCCAGGGCCAUGGUUUGAGGUAGCGCCUUGCUGGUGGGUGGAAAAUUCCUUCCUGUGACCAGGACUGAUUGGUUGCAGUCAUGUCCCUGAGUGGGUUUCUACCACGCCAACCUCCCACAUACACCUGCACCUCCUGGAGCUGCAGGACCCCCACAGCCCUGUUUUUCAGCCACCGCCGGCUCCUUGGCAUCAGCUGUCCCGGGUCAGGGGCUUUGCUGCCCACCUACUAUCCUUCACACCGGAGGCCGGGUGCUGGGGUGAGACACAGCCAGUGGCUCUGUCCACCUCUGCCCCCAGCGCUGAAUGAAUCGGUCUUGCCCACAGUGGCUGGGAUGGGGUUUGCUCUGCAGCAGCCUGGACUGGAGCAGACAGGACCGCAGGCUGGGCCAGGCCCAGUCAGGGCAGUAUGGGGUGCUCAGAGGAGGUGGCUGCGGACUGGCUGCCCGACCUGCCCCGGUGCUUGCAUAUCCAGCCUCUCCCAUCGCAGGCUGCUCAGUCCCAUCCAGCCUGGACUAGCUACCAUCGAAGGCUGUGAGCAGCCCUCCAGCGACUGUCUGGGCACAAGCCACUGUGAGCACUGGCCCGGCCCCAGCUGGGAGGCACUGUGGCCAUGGAACUCCUUCCCAGGCACCGGCUCUGGCAUGGGGGAUGCCUGCCCCCCAGGCGCUUGCACUGGCGCUUUUCCUCUGCACUGAACUUGCUCCACAACGAGGGAGAAGGCAGCACUCCUGGGAGGCACUUUGCUGCCUACUCCGAUCCGGGGCAGGAGGUUGUAGCACCGCGUUGCCCCUUCCUGUAUCACUGCUCAGCCAUGUGCCUGCUGGCCGCGGGGCCCUGACUGUGCAAGCAUCGCUCUUUGGGCCUGCCAGGCUCUUUGCAACCGGCGUCUGUCUCAAAGCAUCUGCCCUUGCCCAGCCAGCAGGAGCAGUUGUGUAUGAAGCCAGCAAAGCUGAAAUGCAGCAAGAAGUCACUCCUGCUGCCCGCCAGCCCUGCUGCCCUCUGGCCUCCUCGGCAUUGCAUCGAUGAGUUGCACGCACCUGGCUCAGUUUCCCCUGCUGGGUUUUAAAGCUCAAGCCGCAGCUGCACUGAGGGACAUCUCAGAGUGGUGGAGGAGCACACAGGCUGGGAGCAUGCGCACGGGGACUGGGUGACGCGGGGCGUUGGCAAUGUUUUAGGCCAAAAGAAAUUCUCUGGGGCUGAAAAAUGCCUCUGGGUAGCACUGGGGCCAAAGCGGGCUUCCAGAGUGAGUGGGGAUCACCCUGCCAAUCUCACCCCGCAACCUGCCCAUCCUUAGAGGGGCCCUGUCAGGACAAAGCUCAUUUUCAGUCCACUCGUUGUUUGCCAUCUGUAUUGAAUUAAAGGAAAAAAUUUGAUUCCACUUUGACUCCACGCAAAGAGACCGGGUUUCAUCAGAGUUCCCAGUCAGGUUCAGUUGUAUACUAUCUUCUUCUUGUCCUGCAGCUGGUUUUGCAAUCAAAACCCUGUUGGGGGAAUAGGGGAGCAGGGGGAGGGCAUUUGAUUUAAAAAAUUUCUAUUGAUUUUUAAUAGGUUUUUUUUUACUGCCGUUCUGCUGACUUUUGAACCUAGCGUUUUCCCUUCUUGAUGUGUUGCGGUGCAGUGCAUCCUGAUGGGUCCUCUGGCAAAGGGAAGGGCCCGCCGUCAUGAGAGCAUUUUACCACGCUCUGCUCCUUGGUAGCUGGGCAAAGGCAGGGACCUGGUCUGGUCCCCCUCAUGCUGCAGAGCAUGGGGCAAGGGCAGAUGCACCCCAGCCAGGAGGCCGGGACCCUUCACGGGGCAAGUGCAAUCUGGGAACGGGUUUUCUGUUGUUCCACAUUGGGGGCAGGCUGCUAGGCACAGCAGCUGCAAUUUGCACCUAGGGUAGAGAAAAGCAGGCAGUGAUGGAUAGUGAGGCCUCUCCGUUCAUGGGAGCAGGAUGCCAGGAGAAACCCUCUGCCCUGGCUUGCGUCUCCUGCUUUGAGUUUCCCACCAAGCAGAUUUUAUUCCCCUUGGGGUGGUGACACUAUUGAGAGCAAGGCCAAACCCCUAGGGACAGAGGUAGGGCUGGAAGCCAGGUCCAGCAGAGAUCCAGGCCCCUGGCUAUGGUCCUGUCUUCUGCUGUGGCCCCCAUUGGAGAGCCGCUCCCCAGACCCCCAUCUCGUGAGCACCCCUUGUUCCAAGGGCACCUGGAAGGACUUUGUGUCUGCAAACCCCCUGGCUGGGAGAGGAAGAGGGUAUUGGCCCUGAGCCAACCUGCUCUACCACUGGCACAGAGCAAACAGCUCUGAGGUUUCUGCUACCUUGAUUUCUUUCUUCUCCAGGAGGCACGAGGUUCAGCCCCGGGUUUCACAGCUGGCCUGUUGAACGUUGUCGCUAUGCAGGAAUAGCUGGACUAUUCCCCUGGGUUUAUUACCUUUAUUUUUUCUUUUUUAAGGCAAGGGGAUAAAACGAUCACUGGGUUUCUCGCCUAGCCCUGGGAAGUCGGCGCAGCAGCGAGGUGGGGGGCCCUCUUACAAUACACCCCGAUGCACUGAAACCUCCCAGCUGUAGGGAGACACUGUUGUGGUGAACCCACCCUCUCUUUUGCUGUGUGAAGGGGGGAUUUUGGGGUGUAUGUGUGGGGGAGGGGGAUUGUUGGGCUGGGAGACUGUUGUACAGAAAUCACCUUCCUCUUUCCCACACCUUUGCUUACCCCACAGAGUGGAUAUUUGGACUGAAAAUAAAGUAAAAGGAAAAAAGA